CUUCUAACUAAAAUGCUAUCCAAUUUUGCAAACCAACAUGCAUUUGUGUCUGCACAUGUACUAAUUGUUUGUCUUGUUGCUUUACUCAUCAGAGGAGUCCCUUAAGGGUGACAAGGUUAUUGACAUAGGUCAGAAGGUUCUCAAUGAUGGGGGGGUCGGCUUCACUGGCACUUUACCAGAGAAGAUGGAGGCACCAUCUGGUGAGAUCACCUCUGACAAGGCGGCCGGCCUCACCAACGGCCUUGUGGAUUCAUCAGAGACAACGGAUGAUGUCCACCUCCCUGGGUUCCUCUCAGCAGCAAUGGUUCAAGAUGUUGGUUCUUACUCCAAAGAUCCUGUUAGCACACAUUCAACCACAACCCGAUCGUCGGUGUAUUUUCUUGAUGUGGAUUGGAGUGGUUCCUUGAAGUUUUUGUUUAUUGAGAACCCAACUAAGAAUUACCCAUGGACUGGACAUGUUGUUAAACCUUUCAAGCCAUUUGAUUUAGACGCUAUGCACAAGUGUGCUGCUCGGCUUAUUAUCAAUGCCUUUCCUGUUGAGGUUGAGGAGUUCUUGGAAGGUUAUCAAGUAGAGCCAGGCAUGAUUCGUCCAUUUAAGGCUGCGCGGAAGCAAGGGACACCAUCUCGCCAUUCGCCGCCCUACCGCUCGUCGCGCACAGAAGCACCGUGCAAAGAUACAGGGGGGUGGCUUUUACGACUCAGGCCCCAUUUCCCAUGGGAGUUAUGGGGCUUAUGGCUUUGAGCCAUAGGUUACUGUCUGCCCGGUGCUGAGUUCUUAAAACGAAACCCGUCUUAUAACUAGACACAAGAACACCUACACACAGUCGGUUGAUAAGAAAUGUACCUUUAGCUUACACCAGGCCUAGGAACACUUUGCAUAGAGGAUGAUAACUUUCUUGGCUUUAACCAGACCAGGGAUCUCUUUGCACAUGAGUGGAUUUUGUGAAUGUUGUUUCAAUGAAUGCAUGAUGGAAUGAAAUGAAUGUAUGGCAUCAGCCUAUGUAGAUUA